AUGUUACAAAUAGAACAAAAUAACUUAUUAUUAGAGAAAACUAUUACGGAAUUGAUCAAUUCAGAAGAUUUAAAAACUGUCGAACGACUUUUCACUGAUUUUGAUUUCACAACUUAUCAUGUUUCAAAUUUGUCUGAUGAAAAAUCAUUGAUUUUAGUAUCCAUAUAUGUUAAGUGUUGGAAUGAUUUAGUUAAAUACGGAGUUGAAAGUUAUUUAGAUAGUAAAUAUUCAAAGUUUUCCAAAUUUUUAACCAAGACCAGUCAAGAAUCAGGUUAUGAUUAUUCAUUUAAUUUGGAUUUAUCAAUUUUAAAACAAGAAUCAAUUGAAGUUCAAGACGAAUUGAUCAGUGAAUUAUCAAAUUUAAAGAGAAAUUGUAUUGCCGCCCCUUUUGAACAAGCUUUCAAAAGAUAUGAUGAAUUAGCUCAAGCUUAUGCUAAUGUUGAUGUUUAUUCUGAAGAAGUUAAGCAAGAAUUAUCUAAUGAAUCAGUUUUAACUAUAAAUUAUAGAGGUAUGGACGAAUCAAUUUAUAUUAAACCAUCAUUCGAUAGAGUAACUGUUAUAUUUUCCACAAUUUUCAAAGAUGAAACUGAUAAAAUCUUUGGUAAAGUAUUUUUACAAGAAUUUGUUGAUGCCAGAAGAAGAUCAGUACAAACAGCUCCUCAAGUUUUAUAUUCUCAUAAUGAACCUCCUUUGGAUAUUAAAAGUUCAGUUAAUCAUCAUCCUAAUGAAAAUCAAGGGUUUGUUACUUUUGUUUUAUUCCCAAGACAUUUAACUAAAGGUGAUAGAAGAGAUAAUUGUAUCUCCCAUAUUCAAUUUUUCAGAAAUUAUUUCCAUUAUCAUAUUAAAUGUGCUAAAGCUUAUAUGCAUUCAAGAAUGAGAUUCAGAGUUAAAGAAUUCUUAAGAGUAUUAAAUAGAGCUAAACCUGAGAAUUUAGAUGAAGAUGGUAAAGUAAUUGAAAAUAGAAAAACUGCCAGUGGUAGAAGAUUUGAAAUUGGAAGAGCCUAA